UCGUGGACUAUGACUGCACUUGGAUAUUGCUUGCUCAGUUUGGAAGCUGUGAAUCUAAUCAACAUCAUCUCAACAAGAUUCUUCAACGCGUAAUGUUCCAGUGUAUUUUUCUAAAAAUUCAUACAAACAAGUAAGUCACACAUUUCCUGUAAUUAUCACAAGCGUGUUUUGGCAGUCAGUGAGACUUAUGAUAACAUCGAUGGAUUAAUUAGAAACAAUCAAGUGAGAUAAAUCACAAUAACGUGAUAGAAUGCGUUAUGGAGUUUCCAUUUAUUAUUAAACAUUCUCUGCAGUGAUCUUUGUUUUGUUCAUUCAGUGACAUUCGAAAUCUUUAACCUGCGUGGAACGCACACCAAUGUGAUUAUAAAUCUUAAAAUUGCAAAGCUGAGAAAUUCGAAAUCUUUAAAGAGAAAUACGUAAAUAAAAAAAAUAAAGAUUUUUUUAAGCAAUAAGAAUAAUUGAUAUUAUGGGAAGAUUAUAAAUUCAGAUUUUGUCUUAAUGAUUUGCGUCUUAACGAUAUAAAAAAAAUUGUCAGAACAGUUAUAUCGUUCUAUAUAUAGAAGAUUUAAACGAUGAGAGUCAUAAAGUACUUUUUUUUUUUUCUACGUUGUUUGCUCGGGCCUUUCUUCAAAUUGCAAGGUUUGAAGAAAAGACUGCGAUGUCCACCGAUCGAAAAUCAAAUUUUACUACUGUCGGCGACAGAAAUUGCCCAGAAAAUCCGUAAAAGAGAAAUUAGCUCCGAGGAAGUAAUCGUCACGUAUGUGGAGCGAUGCAAGAAAGUGAAUCCGUUGAUCAAUGCUAUUGUAGAAGAUCGUUUCGAUGCGGCAAUUCAAGAGGCACGUGAAAUCGAUAAUUUCCUACAAUCAACAAUAAUAGACGAGACCAAAAUUGCGAACGAGAAACCGUUACUCGGGUUACCUAUCACAAUUAAAGAAAGUAUUGCUGUUCAAGGAAUGAGUUAUUCUGUGGGAAUGAAAGAUGUUUCCUUGAGAGCGACAGAAGACGCCGACGUUGUAAAGAGGAUUCGCAAGGCCGGUGGGAUUCCUCUUCUUGUCAGUAACACUCCAGAAUUGUGUAUGUGGUGGCAUACAUUUAACAAUAUAACUGGCAUCACUAGGAAUCCCUAUGAUACACGGAGGACCGCUGGUGGCUCUUCCGGUGGCGAGGCUGCUCUUCUGGGCUCUGGUGCUUCGAUUCUAGGUCUGGCUUCAGACAUCGGUGGAUCUGUUAGGCUCCCGGCAAUGUUUUGUGGCAUUUUUGGCCAUAAACCUACACCAAACUGGAUAUCAAUAGAAGGUCACAAACCUAGCGCAAAUGAUGAAAAUUGGUCUACAUUUUUCUCAAUCGGUUCAAUGGUCAGAUACGCUACAGAUCUGCCUCUGUUAUUAACAGUGAUAUCACAAUCGGAUGAAGCCAGAAUUACUUUUAAUAAAAAGGUGAAUCUGAGCGAUAUAAAAUAUUUUUAUAUGGAUAAUUGUGGCCCGAUUCCAGAUUCAAUUACAACUGAUGUACAAAAUGUAAUUUACAAAUUGAAGAGACAUCUAGAAGUAAUAAGCGGUGCUAGAGUGGAAAAAGUAAAUUUUAAAGAUAUGAAACGAUCUUUUGAAAUGAGCUCGAUUAUUCUUCUCAGUAUCAAAGACGUAUAUUCAAUGUUUAAUCGUUGGGAUAAUCCUAAGAAAUCGAAGAGCUUGUUUAUGGAAAUACUAAGAUAUAUUUCGUUUAUGUCAUCGCAUACUUUUCCUGCUAUUUUUUUCGGACUAUUCAAGAAUAUUGUCGAAAAUUUCCCAGUCAGCACUUAUAACGAAAUGAUAGAACUAAGGACGCGAUUGAGAAAACAAUUAGAGGCGCUGCUGAGUAAUGAUGGUGUAUUAAUUUGUCCAUCUUUUACCUCGUCGGCAUAUUAUCCUCACGAGUGUUUAUACAAUAUAUCUAAUAUCACAUUUAUGAUGAUUUUCAAUGUACUGGGAUUUCCGGUCACGCAGUGUCCUCUUGGCUUCGAUAAAAACCAGCUACCAAUUGGAGUUCAGAUUGUCGCGAAUCCUGGUUGUGACCAUUUGACGAUUGCUGUUGCGCAAGAAAUCGAAAGAAAAUUUGGCGGUUGGCGAGAACCACAAACUAGAGGAGUCGUCUGAGAAGCGUAGUAUAAUUUAUGACAGACAAUUCGGUUAUAAUUGAAAAUAUAUUAUAAUUUUUAGAGAUACAGCAGGAUAUCCGGAAAGUAUCCGAUAUCAAUCUGUGCGAUAUCAAUUUACGUCUGUAUGUAUUUUUGCAUUAUUGCUAUCUUAGGAUAAACAUAUAAAUAUUAUAUAGAUACGAACAUUAUAUAGAUACGAACAUAGCGUGGCUUCUUUGCUUUUUUAUAUAUUUAUUAUUUAAAAAAUUUAUUGCUGAUA